AGGACAGUGUGACGCGACCAGGAAGCCAUGGCUGAAGACCAGCCAGGCGUGUAACAGUUGUGAAUGGAACCCUGCCUGUGGAAGGACAGGGGUGAGUAAACCAUGAAUCUGAGAGGGGCCAGACUUUCCGGAAAUGGUUGUCAUGGCCACACACCAGAGACGGAGUUUCAGAUUCCCUCCUGGGUUCUGCACUUCCUUUAAGGAUAACAUCUCACAGGAUAACUCAGUUUAACAUGUUGUUUAAUUCAAUACCCAGCCAGAUUAACCUCACUGCGCAGCCCAGGCAGGUUGGGACUCUCAAUCCUCCUGCCCCAGUCAGUGCUGAGGUUACAGAUACUCAAGACAAGAAAGAAGCUUCUGAGCAAAUUUAUCAGAGUUUCUCAAAAGGUUUCCUUGUACACAAGAUACAUGGGCAACAUGCUGACAGAUGGCCCACACCUGGAACCCCAGUGCCGAGCAGAUGAGUCUGGAGAUGACGUUCAGAAAUGGCGGCUCACAGGGGAAGGGAAAGAAGGAAAAACAGGGUCUCAAGUGGCUGAAGGAGAGAACAUAUUUGGUGUCUGCCACAUCUUCGCAUCCCUCCAUGACGUCUUUGUCCAUGGUACCGAUCUUUCUGGCAAGGAAACCAUCGCCGGGUGACUGUGGAGUGAAGGUGAAGCCUGACAGAGCUGAGUCCUCUCCACAUGCAGCCAUGUUAGCUGCCCAGGACCUGGCCCAGAGGUGCAAGGAGCUGGGCAUCACUGCCCUGCACAUCCAACUCCGAUGUCGCCCCAUCCCCUCUGACAGCACCCGAAGGAAGUGGGGGUCCUCGUGGUCACCGUCUGUGAGCAGGACUUCUCAAAUUGUUUUCUGUUAAUAAAUUUCUUUGUCCGGGCGGUGGUGGCGCACGCCUUUAAUCCCAGCAUUCUUGGGAGGCAGAGCCAGGCGGAUCUCUGUGA